AAGACUGGAUGCAAGGCUAAGAUUAAUAUGAGGGUCAAUAAUGAAGGAACUUUCACCAUCUUUGGAGUUAACUUGGAACAUAACCAUACACUCAGCCCAAAUAAAUCGAGGUUCUUUAGAUGCAAUAAGGCAAUGGACUUACAUGUGAAGAAAAUGCUUGAAGUGAAUGAUGAAGCUGGAAUUUCAUUAAGUAAAAGUUUUUAUUCACUAGUUGUUGAAGUUGGAGGAUAUGAUAAUUUGCCAUUUAUUGCGAGAGAUUGCAGAAAUUACAUUGCCAAAGCAAGGCAAUUUAGGCUUGCGCCCAAAAAGGAACCCAGCCAAGCCGACAGCCCCACUUGGAAAAUUGGUAAGGAAGCUUGGAUUUUUCCCUUCUUUUCUUGUCCAAAAACCGGAUUUGGAGCCUUGGAACCUUCUCCCCCUGCUGGAAAUUCCAGAUUUGUUCUGCUCUGCGUCUUCCUCCCUUGCUGUCCGCGAAUUUCUGUUGGUGUGGGUGGCGAAUUUUCCGGGUUUUGGAUUUUGGGUAAUUCCGUGAGUUCCCCUGCAGAUUUCCGCCGGCUUCUCCCCCAGCCAAGCUCGGUUUCUGCAGCUGGAAAAUUAUGGUUCCUGAUCGUUCUGUCAGAUAGCACUGAGAUCGAGUCUUUGGUUUUAUGCGAGUGAGGAAGCGAAAUCGAGGACGGGUAAACCACGGGAAGUGCCGAGUUGGAAGGCUAGCCAUUUCGAGACUGAUAUAGAUUUUAGAGAUAAAUGAUGAUCUUGUAAACUCGACUUUAUUGGAGAUUUAUAAUAUUAAAGCAAAUUAUAAAAUUUGAUCUUCAGAUUUUGGUGGUAUCAGAUUGUGAUAUGGUUAAGUUCCGAGCCUUGUACAUUUGUGGAAUCCUCUCACGAGUGCACGGCAUAUGUCGCGCCUCGAAUUUGAGUU